AGGCUGGCGUUUUCGUUGCAUCAGCUUGUGGAUCAGUUAAAGUUUAAAGCUCAAUUCAGUUGUAGCACUGCUUGGGGCUGCUGUUUAGUGCAUGACUCAAAGCCACAAUGAUGAGCUUCACUUUAAGGAACCUUCUGGGGCGCUCGAUUUCUCUGAGCAACAAGUGCUCUGUGCGCUCAUUCCGAUGUGGACAAGUUAUGCUAAAUGCUACAUCUCUAAAAGGACGUCACCUGUUAACACUCAAGGAUUUUAACGGUGAAGAAAUAAAGCAACUAUUGUGGACAUCAGCUGAUUUGAAAUUAAGAAUUAAAGAGAAAGGCGAGACACUCCCUUUACUUCAAGGGAAAUCUAUUGCCAUGAUAUUUGAAAAAAGAAGCACUAGAACAAGAAUUUCCACAGAAACAGGAUUUGCAUUGCUGGGAGGACACCCAUGCUUCCUCACUACACAAGAUAUUCAUCUAGGAAUAAAUGAGAGCCGUAAAGACACAGCAAGGGUGUUGUCUGGAAUGACUGACCUGAUUCUGGCCCGGGUUUACAAACACUCUGAACUCCAGCAGUUAGCAGAAGAUGGCUCAAUCCCUGUGAUUAAUGGGUUGUCGGAACUCUAUCAUCCUAUCCAGAUCCUGGCUGAUUAUCUUACUCUUCAGGAACAUUUUGGCUCAUUGACUGGCUUGACUGUGACUUGGAUAGGAGAUGGAAAUAAUGUGUUACACUCUUUCUUGUUGAGCGCUCCUAAACUUGGAAUGCAUCUUCGUGUUGCCACACCUAAGGGCUUUGAACCUGAUGCUACGGUUUCCCAGUUUGCCAAGUCAUUUUCAGAAAAGUGUGGAACCAAAAUGUUUUUCACUAAUGAUCCCCUGGAAGCAGCUAGUGGAGCUAAUGUUCUGGUAACAGAUACUUGGAUCAGCAUGGGACAAGAAGAGGAGAAAGCAGAGAGACUGAAAGCAUUUCAUGGUUAUCAAAUCACCAUGAAGACUGGACAGUAUGCUGCACCUAAUUGGGUAUUCCUGCAUUGUUUGCCACGAAAACCAGAAGAAGUUGAUGAUGAAGUAUUUUACUCCACAAAAUCUCUGGUCUUCCAAGAAGCUGAAAAUAGAAAAUGGACAAUUAUGGGUGCAAUGGUAAGCAUGCUAACGGAUUAUACUCCAAAGAGCUCCAAGCCAAAAUUCUGAAUCCUUUCCUCCAGCCAACAUCAAGAUGCAAUGGAAGGAUAAUACGAAAAGCUUCCAGAAAUGUUUUAACUCAACAAUUUGUUGUUACAUAAUUAUAUUACAACAUUUCACUACACUAUGAUGACAGUAUGGCUAAUUAGCAGUAAUCAAGAAGAAAUUAAUAAUUCACGAGACCCUUUUGAUCAAUGAAGAAAGACAAAUAUGAUGUACAAGCAUCUCAUGUUAUCAUUCUAUAUCCUGUCCUACUCAACAUCCACAAUACAAGCCUAAAGAUAAUAAAAAAAGCCAGUGAAUGUGUAACUAUACAAUUCUUUGAUCUAGUUAUGUAUAUUUUGUCAGCAUAUAUUGUUUAGAGUAAAGAAACAUUUAGUGAA